GGGAGCAGCAGCCGCCGCCGCAGCAUGCCGCCCAAAGACGACAAGAAGAAGAAGGACGCGGGCAAGUCCGCCAAGAAGGACAAGGACCCAGUCAACAAGUCCGGCGGCAAGGCCAAAAAGAAGAAGUGGUCCAAGGGGAAAGUGAGAGACAAGCUGAACAACCUUGUCCUGUUUGACAAGGCUACCUAUGACAAACUGUGCAAAGAAGUGCCCAACUACAAGCUCAUCACACCUGCGGUUGUCUCAGAGAGACUGAAGAUUCGAGGCUCACUGGCUAGGGCUGCCCUCCAGGAGCUGCUCAGCAAAGGUUUGAUCAAACUGGUAUCCAAGCACCGAGCCCAAGUGAUCUACACAAGAAACACGAAAGGCGGAGAUGCGCCUGCUGCAGGGGAGGAUGCUUAGGGAGGUUCUCCAGUGACCUCAUCAGGAAUGUGUCAUACGUAGAUGCACACAAUAAAACAAUUGAAAUAA